AUGUUUUUAUCAUCUUCGAUCACAACAACUACAUUAAAUCUGAUAUUACUUCAUUUGUAUCGUAUUGGUGGUCCAUUAUUGAUCCUUAUUGGGACAAUUGGUAGUACAAUGAUGAUAAUUUUAUUCACACGAAAAGCGUUUUGUCAAUAUCCUUCGUCAAUCUAUAUCAUUUCUCGAAAUAUCUCAAAUCUCUGCUUUAUUUACUUCUCGAUCCUUUAUGAAACAUUAGUUGUUGGUUACAGCAUCGCGCUUAGCUCAACAAAUCUGGCUUAUUGUCGUUUCAGUUGCUAUACAACUCUUGUCUUCGAUAUUUUGAGUCCGUUUUAUUUACUUUUAGCGCUAAUUGAUCGAUAUCUAGUCACAUCAGUCAAUGUUAAUAUUCGUAAAUAUAGCACACAUCGUCUUGCUUGUCCCUUAUCGAUUUGUAUAUUGAUAUUUUGGCUGCUAUUUCAUAUUCACGCAUUGUUCAAUUCGAAAAUUAUUCAAACAGAAUCAGAAUUUACCUACUGUUACUAUCAACCUGGUCUUUAUUCGACUUUCAUCACGUAUUACUCGUUGAUAAGCAAAGGAAUUCUCGCUCCACUGUCACUCAUAUAUUUCGGAUUGCAAAUUGUGAGAAACUAUCGGCGUCGUUCUCAUCAAGUAUCGAUAUCCAGUUCAACUGUUGAUAAAAAUCAUUUCUCAUCAACCGUACGAUGCCGAGAUCGUGCAACUGUUUUAAUCUUACUGAAGGAUAUUCUCAUGUAUAUCUUAUUUAGUUCAAUCAUGUCGAUUUAUUUCAUGUAUGAAUUAAUAACGGAGCAUCAAGCGAAAAAUCUUGAACAGAGAGACAUUGAAUACAUCAUUCGAUAUUUGGGGAUCUUUUGUGUUUGUAUUCCGUUUUGUAUUGGCUUCUAUACGAAUCUGCUGAUUUCAAAAACAUUUCGACGCGAAGUGAGGAAUUUGAUGUGUAUUCAUCGUAGAAAAUGA